CUUUUCUUCUCCUACAUAUUGUUAGCAAGUAAAAAGGUAAUUAAGUUUCUCAUGGAAGAGCUUCUGAAGAAACCUGGAAUCAAAGGAGUUGCAAGAGAUCUUCGACCGGCUCAUUAUUUAUUCAACAUAGAGUCAUUCUCUUUGUUGGUUAACACAGGGUUAGAAAAGUAUGAAUCCCAUGCAUUUGAAGUUGGUGGCUACAACUGGAGGUUGUCACUCUACCCAAAUGGAAACAAGAAAAGCAAUGGCUUUGGCUUCAUCUCCCUUUACUUACAAAUUGAAGGGACAGAAAAUCUUCCUCGUGCUUGGGAAGUAUACGCCAACUUUAGGUUCUUCGUACUUGAUCAAAUUCGCGACAAAUACUUAACCAUUGAAGAAGAUGAUGGGCCGAUUAAGCGAUUUUACAACAUGAAAACUGAAUGGGGCAAUGCUCAAUUACUCUCUCUUGAUCACUUCAAAGAUGCUUCAAAUGGAUACUUAGUUGAUGAUUGUUGCACAUUUGGGGUGGAGAUUUUUGUGAUCAAACAAACAGGAAAAUUGGAGCGUCUUUCCAUGACAAAGGAUCCUCCCAACAAUAAAAUAACUUUCACCCUCCAAAACUAUUCAAAAUCAUACUCUGAUUCCUAUACCUCUGAUAUUCAAACCAUUGGAGACUCGAAAUGGAGAUUGUUAGUUUAUCCCAGAGGAAACAGAGCCCAGAAGGAUAUAGCACUUUCUGUGUUCUUGGAGCUGGUAGAGGGUUACAAUCUUCCACCUAAACGACAAGUGUAUGCACAAUACAAGUUAAGAGUCAAAGAUCGAUACAAUUCCAGUAACAACAGGGAAUUUACAUAUUCACAAUGGUUUACUUCUGCAUCUCGGGAUUGGGGUUCUUUAAACUUCAUGUCACUGCUUGAUCUCCAGGACAAAAACAAAAACUACAUUGCGAAUGAUACUUUGACCGUUGAGGCAGAAAUCAUGAUCGUUUCUAAAGUCAAACUUUUCUUAUAGAGCUAAUUUAUUCAAGGUUCUAUUGGUAUAUGAAUCGAUGCAUUUAGCUCUUCCUUUGUUCAUUGUUG